AUGGAUUUUUUGAACACCCUCGAUUGCCUGAGCGCGACGCUGAUGCCGAUGGCGCCCGAGGUGUUUGAGAGGACCUUUUUGGAGGUCCUUUCGCUGUUGGCGGAUGGGUUGGGGUGGUGCGUGCGCGAUGCGGUGCGGCAACGACGCUGUAUCCCAUCCUCCACCGACGUUGAGGCUCGUCCGCCUCGACGUCUCGAUCACGGAAUCGUAUUUGACGAGGAUCUCGAUUGCGUUCGUUUCGCCGUGCGGGUGGUGGCGACCCACACGCAUCGGUAUUUACCUCAUUUGCACGCGUUGUUGGGCGCCCCUCCCUCCGUGGAGGUGGGCGGCCUUCCUUGCAGGUCGCGAGGGGGGUUGGAGGUCCUUUGUACGCGGCUGCUCCGCCCGGUUUUUCUGAUGCUGUCGUCUCUGCUCUUUCCAAAAGACGUGCUCAACGCCGGCGGGCUGCUUUUGGCGUCGAUGGUGACCGUCACCGCCUGCGAUCCCGCGCAUCUCCAUCGGAUUUGCCGUUUGGUUUGCACCGAAGUCGUCGAGGAUGCCAUCCCCUCGUUGGGGGUCUGGACGCUCCCACAAGGUGUAUUCGCCCUCGUCUACCCCCCGAACCCCCACGGAGGGGUUCUGAGCCGGAGCGAGGACGACGCCCGUGCUUUACGACGGCUAUUUGGCAGCCUCACGAAGAAUGGCCGGUUUGCCUUUCUCAAAGGCCUUUUAGCGCAUCUGUCGAAGCCGAUUUAUGGGUACCCGGGCACCAUCGGCAUUCUUCUCCGCCCUUUGUCAGCCCCCCCAGCGUCUUCGCCAGGGGGCGACGAGAAUCGCGAAGGGAAGCCCACGCUCCAAAAGGAGGAGGAGGAGGUGCCCGCGUACGACCUAAUCGUCCCCUUCGCGGAGCGGUUUGGUUCCGCGAUUCAGGAGCCGGAAACGCGUUUUAUGGCGAUUCAAACCCUGGAUAGCGUGGUCCGCCACGCGGCGGCGAGCUUUUCAUUUAUGCGGCGCUGGUUGCGCGCGCCACGAGGCGAGCCUUCGACGGAUCGCAACUCCACCUCCAACCCGGAGGUCUCCAUCGCCGAGGAGAGGUGUCGUGCGCGCAAGAAGGAGCGUCGGGAGGUGGAUGCAGCCGCGGCGACGAAAAAGAAUUCCCUCGCGGCGCCGGAGGGCCUGACGCCGGAGGCGGCUGCGAGGGUGGGGGAUCUUUUCCGCGCGUGUAGUUUGUUCGCCGGCAAGUUAGAACGCACCUUGGAUGCCGUGACGCAGCUGAUCAUGGGGCUUUGGGAUGAUGGAACGCAAUCCAUGUCGGGCGCCCUUUAUGAAACCUACGACCAGGUCCUUUUGGCGAGGCAGCAGUUUCGAUCUGUGCGGACGAUUUUCCACCCCACGGAGGGCGGGGAGGCCGCCGAGGAGGAGGUUACGGAUUCCCUGGAGACGUUGUUGCAGGUUCUUGCCAUUCAAAGUGAGCGCCGCGCCAAGUAUCACGCCUUGCUUGGUCUUUUCUCCGUGAUGCCGCUGCGGGGGAUUCUGGAGGCGCUCGAUCGGUUUUACGUGAAAACCACCACCGCGGCCUCAGCGUCGUGGGCGGUCGAAACACCCUCUUCUUUGGCUUACAGAUCCGCACUGACGUCUUUUGCGGAGUCGCUUUUGUCUGGGGCGAGCAACCACAAAGUGGGGAACGUGUCGGGCGACGUGUUCGUCAAGCUCGCGCGGCUUCUCAAUUCUCCCGUCGUCCAACCCACCCAGGCGAACGCGCACGCGGGCCUUGUCGGGUGGAAUCUUCCCGAAUUGUUUCAUCACGGUCUUCUCGCCCCACUGAGUCGCGCGAUUGCCAUGGAGGGCUACGUCCGGGUCGUCGCCAACGUGCAGGCGUCGACGAAUAUUUCGAACCUCAUCGCCCAUUUCGUCGUUCCCCUUCUUAAACAGGUCGACGGCGCCUUCCCACGUCUCCUCUCGUGCGUGUUGGGGCUUCAGACGGCCCCGGGCGCCUCCCGCGCGCGCGUUUAUCAGGGCGUCGUGGAGGUGCUCUACCGCGCUCGGGAUGCCGGGCUCGACCUCGCGGCCUUCACUGCCCCCACGGGCGAAACCGCCCCCAUCCUACGCGCGAGCCUGCAGGCGGGGAGCUUCGAGCUGCGGAAUACCGCGCUUCGCCUGUGCGUGUUGCCCUCCAAGCGAGGGGAGCCCGUGGAGGGGUGGCAAUGCCACCUCGUCGAGGCGUUUCUUUCCUUGAACCUCCAUCUUGGCGGGGAUACAACGGCGCGGAAGGGGCUUUUGGAUUCCUUCCGGAAAUGGGCCGCGUACGUGGCGGAAAGCCUCAAACGCGGUCCCCACCGCCCCCAUCCGCCUUCGCGCGGCAACCCACCCGUCGAAGGGGGGGAAUCCCACGCGGCCGCGGCGUAUACGCAGCGGCUUGUCGAUCAUUCCAUCGCCUGCGUUCGGCUUUUUGCCGAGCACUACGGGCAGACGGUAGAGCAGAGCCACGGCCUCUCCAUCGAGCGUCGGACCGCGGCCGCUUCUGGUUUGGAUAUUUUGUUGACGGAGCUGACAAGCGUCAUCCGGGGGGAGGCCGCCCCGUCGUGGUGGCGGGUUCGGCUUCGGGAGUUCUUUCCAGGCGGCAUCGUCCGGUCGCUUUUGGCGGACCUCUCGGAUGGCUGGUCACUGGCGCGGAAAUGUGCGAAAAAGGUGCUGCUUUUCUACUUUCAGCACGCCUUUCCGGUGGUCCGCGAGGGGGUUGAUCCGGAGAGCGUCCUGAAGGCCGCCAUUUCGGAGUUGCGCGGCGCGUUGACCUACCGCAGCGCCGAGGGUGCGGUGGAGCGCUUCAUGUUAUUCGACACCCAAACCCCCGAGGCGCAUCAGGAAGCCGCGUCCGAUCCCGAAAAGGUUCUCCUGGAGCGCUUAGAAAGGUUGUCAGCCGAGGUGGCGGCGCUGGCUUCGAUGUGCAGAGAAAUUCAGGCCCUUCGUGGGAAUGGCAUGGGCGUGGAGGCGUGUGCUUUUGUUCGUCAACAUCCUCUUCAUGGAAGGCUUUCGCUGUGUAUGGCCAUGCUGUCGAGCGCGGCUUCCCUUUGCCGUGGGUCUUCGAAUCCGCAGAAACCCCGCACGGCCGCUUCGUCGAAUCUGAAGGAGGCUUCGAACGAAUUUCUGAGGUGCAGCUCGGAGGUUCUUCGGACCUGCAGUACACUCGUGGGAAGUGAGCCGCUUGUGUGGUCCGCGUUGAAUCGUAACGAAUCGAAGGACGGAGGUUCUUCCGCUAAUCUCGCGGAAGCCACCACUCCUAGUGUGGUGGUUGAUUGUCGAGGUCAUGUCUACGAUCCAAACGAGCGCCCUGAAGCGGAAGGCUUGAUGCGUAUCGUCGUUAACAAUACGUGGCUUGCCAUUCGCAACGCGACAUUAGCGGUUCAUCUUAUCACCGUUAAGUUGCAUGGCUUAACGGAGCUUGAUUUUGAUGUGGUUAGGACCGUUGGCUUUGAUCUGAUCAACACCCUGCUCUCGACGAAGCAUAACGGGGUGAUGCGAUGCGUGCAGGAUGCGCUUCGAGGCCUUUCCGAAGUCCUGCUGCGCUGCAGGGAACCCCUUUUUUACAGCUUGCCGAGCGAAAUGGCCAACUACCUCAUGGGGGAGGUCGGUGUGAUGUCUAGUGAUUCCUCUCGCAUGCUUCGGCGCAGUCAAGGGCUGCCACAUGCCAUUCUUUCUAUUUUGGAUGCUGAAGACAGCUCCUUGCCGUGCUUUAUCUUUCCAAGCGUCAUGUCGAGGCUGUUGGCGUUGGUGCGUGAGGCACCCCUGUCAGAGGGGGAUCAACCAGAAGCUGUGAAAACUCCGACAGAGGUACAGCUGAGUCGACGGUCAAACAGUCUUAACGUGCUCAAGUUUAUUUUUGACGAUAAGAUUUUAGCCGAGCGCGCAAUUCCUUACCUGGAGGAAGUAUUUUUACUCGCAACCGAGGGGUUCAGCGACCCCAAUUGGGGCAUUCGAAACAGCUCCUUAAUGCUUUUUUCCUCCGUGCUGCAGCGCUUUGUUGGGGAGCACCCCUCCACCGGAGGGGUGGGCGUCAACACCUCCUUGCACGACAUCACCAGGCGAACCCCACGUGCGGUUUCUUUCGCCUUGAGGGUUCUUUCCCAAAGUUCCACCUCCCCAUCAAUACCGGGGUCCGUUUUUCCGAGCAACACCUCUAAUUUAAGCAUUUUCCCCGUACUGCAGAUGCUUUCCAUGCUCUCGCCCGAUCCGGCGAAUCUUUUACGCGACCCCCGUACGGAUUCUUACGCCUCACAGGAGGGGGAGAAGGCGGGAGCUCCUGCCGCCAUCGCCGGCGAGCCUCCCGAUCACACGGAUCUCCUCGUGGAGGCCGUGAUGCGGUGUGGGGCGGAUCGAUGCCUCGCCGCUCGCACCGCCAGCGCGCGCGCGUUGGUGUGCGUGGUGCCUUGCUCGGACGUCCCCACGACCCUCCGGCGUCUCGCCACGCGUCAUCUUCGUUCGCGCGGUGGCACGACGAAUGGGAUCCACGGCUGCCUCGUUCAGCUCCACCAGUUUCACAUCCACUACGUCGGCACCCUAACCCGGCCUCAACGGCAUGACCGGCUGAGCAGCAGGGCGACCCCCACCCUCGCCGCGGCGGUCGCGCAGGGCCUCGGCGAAAUCCUCCUUCGCCAUGGAGACGUCCUGGGGAGGGCCUGCCUCGCGUGCCCGGCCAUCGCGGCCGCGGGUUUGGAAUUAGUCAACGACCUCGUGUAUUUCGGCCCGCCGAAUGGUCUCAGUCGGGAGCCCCUCAUGAGGUUAUUGGCGUGGGCGAUGUCGAUCUUGGAGCGAAACCUCUUCGCCGCGAGUUCGGCUUUUGCGCGAGCGAAGGCGUAUCAUGGGGGGGUUCGGGAGGCUGGGGCGCUUUGCUUACUCCUGGCGGCCCGUUUUUUGCAUCUUCAUCCUAGCGACCAGGGCGGUGAUGAAUCGGAGGCGAGGAUUCGCAGCUGCAUCCAGCGCGUUUGGGCGCAGGGGGUCGGCACGUUGGAUCUUGCCUAUGGUUCCUACAAUAUCAUUUCGCGUUUUCUAAACCAUGUGCACAUCUACACUACCGAGCGGCGUCUUUUUCCAAAGGAAGAGCUGAUGGGGUUGGUUACGGAGGGCCUACGGACGGCGUACAAUAUAGACUUGCCCUCCGUAUCAUUGCGCGCCUUAACGAAAGCCCUCACGCAGCAUUGCAGCGACCACACCCUGGGCUGUGUGGCCUGGGAGGAAGUAAUGGCGCAUCUCGAGUUCGCGGUAUCCAUGCUACUCCGCGGCACUCCUUUGGAAACGAGCGAGCUGCUGGAUGCAGAUUAUCAGAUCAUCCAGGAGUGCGUGUUACCGCUCUUGGAUUCUUCCAACACCUCUCACUCCAAACACGAAACGUGGCUUCACCCUCCCGAGUUUUGCGGCGUGGCGCUUCGUUUUGUGGUUCGCCGAAGCCUUCAGAAGGCAUCAGCGCUACCUGAGAGAAUCACUAAAAUCUUGUCGGCGUAUGCAUGGGCGGAGAACCCACUGAUUGUGCGCAAGGCCGUGUUGGAGGCCCUGUCCGAUUGCUUUGAGGUGAUUUCCGCCCGGCAAGAGCGGCCACAACCCACCGAGGGGAAGGGUUUGGCAGCCGUCGCCAAACCUAGGAUGGAGGCUUCGCAGGCUAUGGGACCUCUUCUACUCAUCCUGGUAAGGCUUCUUUGUGAUGACGCGGCGGAGGUGCGUGAUGAUGCGUGUCGGGUAUGCCCAUUAGUCUUGCGCGUGUGCGCCGCGCCCGAUGUGGUAAACCUCGAGGCCUCUUCUGAUUUUCUCGUGCAAGAUCAAACUUCUUCACUCCUUUCCAUAGUCCUGGUGCUGCGGCAGUUGGUGCGGGAGAAGAGGGUUUCCCUUCACGAAGUGGAGACCUUUCUGACGUCGAAUGAUUCAUUACCUUUGCCCUUGCUAGAGGCCCCAUAUGAAGCCGCGACCCUCGUGGACGGCCUAGGCCCGAUCGAGGCAGAGGAUGACGAGAUUGGGGAUGACAUCCUGUUUCAAAAGGAGCCGGAUAACAUGUUUAUGGAGAAGGUCACCCUGGAAUACAUCGUGGACACUAUCAAGAGUGCGCUUCAUUCUCAUGUGAUACCCAUGCACGGUGAACGGGUGGGGUAUGGACCCUACAAUGAGCUUUUGUCAUCCGCAGAGUCCGCGAAAAGCCUCCGAGUUCGGAUUAUCGACUCUUUGGGUCAAUGA